UUGAUCAUGAUUUCCUUUGUUGACGUUUUCGUACGCGUUCUCGUAGCAGUUUGUUUUUUUCAAUCCUGGCUGCUAGCAACAUCUACAGAACUAACUGUACACAUCUUACCUCACAGCCACUGUGAUCCUGGCUACAGAGAGACUUUUGAAGGCUACUACAAAGACAAAGUACGAAGUAUCAUCACGACAGUUGUAGAAGCCCUUCAAGAAGAUACUUCGAGGCGAUUUAUUUGGGAGGAAGUUUCCUUCUUUUCUUUGUGGUGGAAUGAACAAAAUGAGACAGUGAAGAAUGUUGUGAAGAGUCUCGCUCUACGAGGUCAAUUGGAGUUCACUGGUGGAGGAUGGGUAAUGCAUGAUGAGGCUGUUACAACAUACCCGGCUAUUAUUAAUCAGAUGACAUUGGGACUCAACUUCCUUAAAAAACAACUCGACGUUCGACCUCGUAUUGGCUGGCAUAUUGAUCCAUUUGGAGCCUCGAUAUUUACACCUACUUUGUAUGCUUUGCUGGGCUAUGAUGCAAUGAUUGUUAAUCGAAUUCCUGACCCUUUGAAACAGCAAAUGAAACUGACGAAACAGCUUGAGUUCAUAUGGCGCUCGCACACAUCUCUUCCAGCCAACGAGACAUCAAUCUUUACUCACAUUCUUGACUCUCAUUAUUCAGAGCCGUUAAUACUUGGUCUAACACUGGAAGAAAAAGCCAAGUUUCUAGCUGCGAUUUGUCGUAAAAGAUCCAACUAUUUUGCAACACCUCAUUUGCUGCUACCGUUUGGCAACGACUUUGCAUUCACCAAUGCACGUGACAAAUUUAAGCCAAUGGAUGGUUACAUUGAUUACAUCAACAGUCACAAAGAGUUCAAUAUGACGAUGCGAUAUUCAACUCUGUUGGAGUAUGUUUCUGCUGUCAAGGCUACAAACACUGUGUUUCCUAUUCAACAUCUGGUGUACCUGUGGGUGUAUUUCAUUAGUCAUGAUCUAUGUAUUUUUCAUCAGGGAGAGGACAUGUUUCCAUAUGUUGCUUGUAGUCCUUGUGGCAGCAACCAGUGUGGUGGAGUGCUUGAACUUGUACCAUGUGGCUCAAGCGACUGCUAUUGGACCGGCUUCUACACAUCCAAACCUGCACAAAAGCUUUCUUCACGAAAACAAGAUGCUACUCUUCGAUCUAUUGAGAUGCUUUUUAGUUCAAUGACUGAGCUGCAUAAUGUGUCCAUCAACUCUGUCUUGGAUGUCAUAAAUUUAGGUCGUAACACAUCGGCAUUAUUGCAGCAUCAUGAUGCUCUGCCAGGGACGUCGUAUCCGAGUUGUUAUGAUGAUUACUCCAACAAGCUGAACGAAGCCAUCAGAUUGACUCAAGCAUCACACAGUCAAAUGAUUGUGGAUCAGUUGUGUGGUGCUAAUGCAAUGGAUUUUCGGCCUCCCACACUUGAUGGCUUGACAGUGUUGAGUCUUCUAUUGAAGAAAGUCGGUGACACGGCUGUGAUGUUGGUGUAUAAUUCAUUAGAGAUAGAAAGGAAGGAGCCAAUCGUUAUACUGGGUGUUCCUGCAGAGCUAUGCAUUAAAGCUGUUCAUUAUCCCAGUCAACUAGCAGAUGGCAACUUGCACAUUCUAGUGCACAUCAACCCUCUUACAAGUGCAGCUGUCAUCUUGGAACGAGUACCAUGUACUAGGAAAUCUGAAAAUGUUAUCAUUCAUGGAAACUUCUCAUUGGACAAUGGAAACAUCAAACUCGACUUUGAUAAAAGCGAGCGGCUGUAUCGUUGGACAAAUAAAACAAGCUUGAAAAAACAUGCUAUGAACCAUGUAUUUAAACAAUAUAAAGAGAAGGACAGCGGCUUGUUGUCAUUUGAUGGAGGAAGUGUGUACACGUUUAUGCCUGAACCUGGAACUUCUUCAAAGAUUGAUGCAUUUCCUAAGUUGAAUAUGACUGUUUUGAGUGCAAAUGGUCCACUUGUCUGGGAGGUAACACAGACAUAUGAACCAUUUUACUUGUACCACACGUACCGAUUAUAUGCAAACAGCUCGAUAAUUGAUAUGGAGACGAGAAUUGGUGAGUUGCCUAUCUUACCAAGAGCUUCAUAUACAUCAAAUGUUGCAACAGACAUCGACAGUGGCUCAUUCUUCACAACUAUUGACAAUGGAUUUCAAACUAUGAUACGAAAAUUUAACGAUAGCAAGCCAGUUCAAGGAAACACAUUUCCACUAACUGGUUGGGCAUCAUUAGACGGCACCAACACAUCCAUGGCGUGGCUGUCGAUGCGACCAGUUGCUGUGUUUGCCAACAAUGGCAGCAUGGAGCUUAUGCUGCACAGACGUCUGGAAGGUUUGUUUGAUGAACGUGGAAAUGACAAUUCUAUCAUGAAUGAUGUAAUGAAGCUUGUGGUACAGAAUCGUGAAGAUGUCUCUGUAAGCAUUCCCCUUCUCAGUUUGACAUUGCAGUAUCCACUGUCAGUCUACUGGGCUUGGGUUAAUGCCACAACAUGGACAAACCAUUGCCAGAUGUCAUGGCAGUCAAUCAGUCAUGGGCUUCAUAAGUCUAUACAUUUGGUGAGUAUGCAAGUUCGAGAGGUAUACAAGACAGGCAGGCAAAUAGGAAUAAGGUUGCAUCACAUGAACACAACAAGCGAGACUGUGUCUAUUGACCUCCAAACUCUACUGAAAGAUUGGAAGAUUAUCAAAGUAGUGGAAACAACUAUCGAUUUCAACGUCAUAAAAGAUAAAGCAUUCUCUAAAGACGAUGAAGCUGCCACCUAUCAACAUGUCUCACCAGUGACGACAUCUGUAUCUCUUAAUCCCAUGAGUAUGAAGGCAUAUCUUGUUGAUGUUACUCUUUCUUAGCAUACAGACAUCAACUACUUGUCGGUUACGACAGCAGUUGGAGUCACUGUUUUGUGAUAGGAUUUGAUGUAGACUUAUUUCAAAUCAGUUGAUCAGCCAAAGACCCAGGGAUCAAUGUGUGUGUGUGUGUGUGUGUGUGU